CGUUCAAACCCCCAUGGGGGGUGGCGGCGGGGUUGGGGUUCAGAGCGACUGAAUGUCCCCCACUUCCUGGGGUGCUCACGAGGCGUCAGACGUGAAAUUGCCGUGAAAUGGAGAGGACUAGGGGGGAUUCGGAUUCCAUUUGAGUUCAGGCAGGUCUGAACCGGCUUUUCCUGCGCCUCGGCGGGCCCGUCGAGUCAAAACAGAUGACAUCACGGCGCAGGAAGUCUGAUUGCAUACGGGAAAACCAGGGGCGAGGAAAACAUGCUUUGAUGCAAACACACCCGCACCCUGUCAUGGCAACCGAUGAAAGCGCUUAGCUUUGACUUGACACCGUUAUUGAGGUGUCGGUUUAAUAUUUUGAUAUUGUGAUGGUGCACGACUGAUUAGCACAUUUGGGAGAAUUCCAAAAACAUGCACGGUGGGUUAAUUGAAGAGUCUAAAGUGGCCGUCGGUGUGAAUGCGAGGGCAAAUAGUGGUUUAUUAUGUGCGCUGCGAUUAGUUGGCGACCAGUCCGGGGUGUAUCCUGCCUCUCGCCCCAAUAUAGCUGGGGAAAGGCGACCCGAGGGAGCAGUUCAGAAAAUGGAUGGUUGGAUUGUGUUUACAUUUGGACAUUUUAGCAUAGAAAAGAAGUGGAAAAGGUUUUUUUUUUCUUUCGUCUCUCGAGCCAAUGCAAUUUAUAGGUGGAUCCUGCCCCCUGGUGGACAAAUGCAGCGUUGACCGUGUGAUUGUAAUGAAAGCACAUUGUAGUUCACACUUGAGAAACACAAAUCCCGGAAAAUUGGAAAGUUUUCAUUUUAUUUUUUUAAAGUAGGUAGUUAAAAUUUACUGACCGAAAAUAUGCAUACGCAAUUUAUCACAAUAUGCUAUGGAUCACAUGUUAUGUUCACAUUGAAAUGUUAAACUGAAAUACAGCUCUUGAAAAUGUGAUCUCUUUGAAAUAAUGUGAUUUUUACAGCAUAACAUUUUCAGUGGUAUUUUUAAUUGAAAUCUUGGUGGCACAUAUUUACUUCCAUUAUGUAUUAACUAAUUGUUAAGUAAUUUAAAUUUUAGAUAAAUGUAAAUGAGAUUAAAAAUGAGACUGAACAAUUGAAAAAUAUUUUUUAUGAUCAAAUAAGCAGUUUUGUCACAAAAUACUAUAAUUACACAAUAAAAGCGAAAGGUUUUCGUAAAUAGAGGUGGUAUUGCAUGGAAGCCUCUGUGAAAUCAGAAGAUCAAUUUGAAUAAUCUAUAUGGUGCAUUAAAAAAUAUUAUGAUUCUAGUUGGAAUAUGCAUAUUUUCCCGAGUGUCUCUUGUAUUUGGGGUAGUAUUUAAUACAAAAAUGACUUAAUUACACUGACUCAUGUCCGACCAAUCACCCAUUUGUAACGUUUUGUAUUGGAUUUUUUUUUUUGCAAAUGCAUUCAGCUUCGGUGGGAAAAUAAUUUUCCAUUGAACCUCAUGCAUUAGCACCAAGGUUGGUAAAGACCAAUCACGAUUGCCUUUGCAUCUGCGAGUUGUGACGAGUAACAGUAAUAAAUAUGUUUGACUUUCGUGUAAUUCCAUUUGAAAUAUACAAAAAUAAAAUAUAAAUAUAUAUAACUGAUUGAGAUAAGAGUAAUAAUUUAGCCGCCCGAACAGUUUACAUUUGACGCAUGACUAACGUGGCGUCAUUUUUAAGCGACGUCGCCCUGAAAUGACGUCAUAUGGUGCGAUCCAAUCAGCGUCUUCGUUUUUGAGCACCAAGCAGGAUGUUGCUCCAAAAGUGUCUCUGAAGAAGUCUCUAAAAAUUCCCCGGGUUUUACUGUUCCGUCUGAAAGGUCAUCAGCAACAUGGGUCCUCCGGUGAGAGGGUUCAACCAGCGCGACUGAGGAAAGUCAAGACCCCGUACCAAAAACGUCAAAAUGAAGUUCAGCCCGAUGGGCGUUCUUCUGUUUCGACGAGAGCGGCAGCAAAGAGGCAAAGCCAGCGCGCCGCCAACUCUGGUGAAAAGUCAGACAAGGAGAGCGCCAGACCAUCUCGAGGUAAACCCAAAAUGAACGUGUGCAACACUCCGCCGUUGAAGAAGUCAGGGGGAAAACCUGCUGUGACUAAAUUUUCCACCGUCAAGUCAGGAGCGGCGUCCGAUGAGAAUACAAUGCCAAAUCAAAGAAGACCCCAAAAGCUUCCCGUGCAGGAGUCCAAAAAGAAGGCGCUUAACGGGCCUCAGUUAAGGAGGUCAGGGAGAAAUCGUACUUCUCAGUUUUCCCCUGUUCAUGAGAAAUUAUCAGCGGCGAACUCACUGGAGGAGGAGGCGGCGGCAGCGGCGGCGGUCCCUUCUACAAAGAGGAAUAAACAUAGUGAAAGGAGGCCCAUGCAGAAAGGCGGGAGACUCGAACCAUUGAUGCCCGUGAAGACUCACGCCAUAUUGAAGCAGAAUUCCAGUCGAGAAUGCACCGUGUCGCCUCACGGGGUGGACGAAGGCGACUGGGCGCAGGACGAGCUGGCAAAACUACAGCGGGCUGUUGCCAUGUAUCCUUUGAGCAUGCCGUUGUACUGGACAAAGGUGGCCAAGAUGGUCGGCACGCGCUCUGCGCAGGAAUGCCACGACAGGGACCCGAGGGUGCAGGACUUCCAGACUCCUGCGAAGAGCAGCUGGAAAAACCAAAAUAAAAAGGCAGAGGCGCCGGAUGCCACAGAUCUUCCCGUCAUCUCGGCAGGCGUUAGAACCUUGAAGAGAAAGCAGCAGGUGCGUCGGUUCCUGGAGGCCAUGCCAAGAGAGGACACAAACGACGCCUUCAGCGCAACGCAGAAAGAUCGCUUCGAGAUCUCCUCCAUGAGUCUGUCCGGAGACCAGGACUUCAUAAUGGCCGACCCGGAGCCCACAACGACGGCUUCACCGCUUUUCUCUCCAGUGAAGUGUCUGUAUACCAGUCCAGGAAUGGUGGAUUCUCCGAACAGGAUCAACGAGGACAGGUUUGUCUCUCAACUCCAGCAGCGACUGUGGAAGCAAAAGCAGGUCAAAGGCCGCGGACCAGUUUCAGCGAAGAACUGCGUGGCCGCACCAUCAGUCAAAGGGACCAGGACGCAAUUUGAAAAGUCAGGAAACAAUUCCCUGGCCGUUUGGGAGAUGUUUCCAGAGAAAGCUGCCGCGUCGUCCGACAGCGGGGAAGAAGAGGAUUUUUAUUUUUCUGACAAUGACUGAUAGUACUUUUACUAGUAUAAUAUUAAUUAAGCACUAAUAGCCGUUCCCUACGUUUGACUUGAAUUGGUUGAUUUAGUUUACUUUUCGUUUACGGUUGUAAGUGAAAUGCAGUCUUAGGUUCCGUGAAGACUAUUAUAAAGUCAAAAUUAUCAGCACAGCGAGUAUGAAUGAUUGUGUCCUUUGAUUGGGUGCGACCAAUCAAGGUCAGGGUCAUAGGUUGUGGCUGUGUUGCUCUCAAAAAUAAAGUUUAUCUAUUCCAACUCCUCAAGUCAAUUGUAACGUUUUCGCUCUGUCCAACUCUAACUGGAAGCAUUUUGCUUAACCAUAUAAGGCCCAAUCACGUCAGUGUAUACUGGUGGCGGACAGCAGAGGGCGCUCUAGUUCCUUCUUAAAACCUGAAAAGGGUUCACUUGCUCGUAGCCCCUCCCCUCCGUGUCAAAAUGCUAUCAAUAUUAUUUGAAAACUGGAAAAAAAAAACAAGUUCUACAAACUGAGGAAGUUGAAACUAAACAAAGUGCUGUGACUCGAGGGAAAAAAAGACAGAAACAGCGCCGUCACCCCAUAAAUGAAGAAUUUCAACCAGUAUGACAGGCGGAUGUUUAAAAAAAAAAAUGUACACACAAUGUAGAGUGGGAAAAAUCGGGGGGGGGAGAAUGCAGUUGCAUAAGUGUCCACACCUUAACCCUAGAGAACCCAAAGGGUCAGUUACCACAUCCAUCCUUCCAUUUUCUUUGCCGCUUAUCCUCACGAGGGUCGCGGGGAUUUGCUGGAGCCUUUCCCAGCUAUCAACGGGCAGGAGGUACCCCGUGCCCUACACCCUGAACUGGUUGCCAGCCAAUCACAGGGCAAACACUCACAAUCAAGUGUUGCAUGUUUUUGGGAUGUGGGAGGAAACCGGAGUGCCCGGAGAAAACCCCACACAGGCACGGAGAGAACAUGCAAACUCCUCACGGGCGGGGCCGGGAUCGAACCCGGAUCCUCAGAACUGUGAGGCCAACGCUUUUCCAGCUGAUCCACUGUGCCGCCCAGUUCAUGCAAAAAUUUUUAAAAGAGGGUUUGGAUGUCUUGGGUUCUCAAGGGUUUACCAGCUGAACCACCGUGCCGCCUUGAUGAGCGGAUGUUAAAAAAAACAAAAGUCUACACACCCCUGUUCAAAUACACCAGAGCGGGAGAGAUGGGAGGUAAAAAAAAGAGGAAAAUACAGUUGCAUAAGUGUGCACACCUUAACCCUCGAGAACCCAUGGGGUCAGUUCGUACAUCCAGCUGUCCAUUUUCAUUGCCGCUUAUCCUCACGAGGGUUUCAGGGAGUGCUGGAGCCUAUCCCAGGUGUCAAGGGGCAGGAGGUACAGAGUACACCCUGAACUCGUCACCAGCCAUUUGCAGGGCAAACAGUCGCACUCACAAUCACACCAAAGGGCAAUUUAGAGUCUCCAAUUAAUGUUGCAUGUUUUUGGGAUGUGGGAGGAAACCGGAGUAACCCGGAGAAAACCACACACGGGCACGGAAAGAACAUGCAAACUCCACACAGGUGGGGCCAGAAUCGAACCCGGGUCCUCAGAACUGUCAGGCUAAUGCUUUACCAGCUGAUCCGCCGUGCCGCUCGGUUUGUCCGUAAAAUUUUAGAAGAGGAUUUGAAUGUCUUGGGUUCUCUAGGGUUAAUGACUAGAACGGUGUUCAGAAUUGUACAUCCAUCCAUUUUCUGCACUUCUCAUUUCAACGCUGGAAUCGCUUCCGUCAGCCGUUUGCCCUCCGAAAUGCAACCAGCGGCGGCACUCGAGUUGAGAAAUAACAGAAGACGGGUUACUUUUGAUCCGGGUUCACGGCGGAAAGGUAACGCAUGCGUGCGUUGGUGCGCGCCCGGCGCCUCCCUCGAACCCCUCGGGGGGUUGUGUACGGACUUGUAACGGCGACAUUCCUCCGCUCAGCUGCUUCUGAACGCCGCAUUCCAGAAAGCGAGAGAGAGGCAGGAUGAAGGGAUGGGAGGGGAAAGACAAGCGCGUGUGUGUGUAAGGGAGAAAGUGACGAGGGGAUGUUGUCAUAGCUAACUGUUGCGGGGCCCCCUCGGCGCCACUGCGAGGUCAAAUACAGUCAAGAGAAGGAAGCGGGUUUUGAACUCCGGAGACCACUUUGGUGCAGGAUUCCCAUGCGAAAACACACACUCCACUCAAAUGUGGGAGAAAAGACACUUCUUCGCAGAGUUACGUGUGAAACGAGGGGGUUGGUCACAGAAAAUAAAUUCUCAUGAUGUCAUAUGUCAGAAAAACAUUUUUAUUGAGGAUUAACGUGUGUUUUUUUUGCUGGCGCGGAAACAACACGCCCUCCCUCAGUCCAAAUUCUGACACAGAUACUUUGCUGUCGUCAUGGGGUGGGCCAGGAACAAAAAAAAAAAAAGAUAAUCACGUGGGGGUGAAUGAUGAAUAGUAGUUUAUUAACAAUUUUCGAAAUUUCCACUGAGGAAAAAUAUUUGCCAUCAAGUCAACAUAAAGAAUAUAAAAAAAAAAUAAUAAAAAAAAAUAAAAAGGGAAAAUAAAUAAAUGGAAAAAUAGCAAAAUAAAUAGAUAAAAAAUUAAGAAUGACCGAAUGUGCACACGUUACUUCCGGAAAUUUGUUGGACAGUAAUCCAUAGUACACAUAGAGAGUAUGACCCGUUAAUCUGCAAGUCAACGUAACUGUCACGUCCCAUCGGAAACGAGAGUUAGGACCCAAAUGCAGGAACUCGGAAGACGCAAGGUAGUUCAAGAAGAGACACGUUUAUUGUGUGCAGAGGUCGGGGAUCGAGCAGGCAGUCCGGUGCAGCAGCGGUAGUUGGGACGUCGGGCGAAGAGAGCAGAUGAGCGCAGGUGUGUGCCUCCCAAUUAGGGCACCCGCACAGCUCGUGCUGAAGCGGCAGGAUCAUGACAGUAACAAAGAAUAAAAAAAAAAAUAGAUUCAAGAAA